UUCUUAGUCAUUUGCUUUUCUUCAGCUUCUUCUUAUUGUUUUUGUUAGACAUUUGCUUUUGCUCAUUCGCCUCACUCAUUAUCUCCCAAAAUCUCAUUUCCACGAUCAUCGUUUUACUCGUUUCCACGAUCGGUAUCAGUGCUUCAGGUUUUAAGAUUUUUCCAAGUUUGCUGUUGCUACCAUGUCCGAGCAAGUUUCGUUGAAACUCAUGGAAAAUAAAGAGAGCGACAAUGUUAUAUUUGCAGAGGCAGGACAAGACUUUGUGGGUGUUGCUACCAUGCCUGGGCAAGUUUCGUUGAAACUUGUAGUAAACAAAGAAACCAAUAAGGUGGUAUUUGCAGAGGCAGGUAAGGACUUUGUGGAUGUUCUCUUGAGCUUCUUAACAUUCCCUUUAGGAACCAUCGCCAGGCUUGUGCAAAAGGACUCAGAUGUCGGUCCAGUUCAAGUUGGUUGUCUAAGCUCACUCUAUGAAAGUGUGGCAAAUCUUGAAAAAGAGUGUCUCUGGACAGAGGCAUGCAAGGAAAUGCUAUUGCAGCCAAGGAACUCUUCAGAAGAUUAUUGCAGGAGUCUCAAACUUAACAUUGAUGACACUGAGCCCACAAAGCACUUCAUGUGUACGAGCAAUCUUGAUUGCGCAUAUAGCCAAUUGAGCACUUACCCAAAUGGAAGAUGUGCCUGUGGGUUUGCUAUGACCACUUUAGUUUUUGUUGAUGACAAAGUCUACAAAGGAUUUGUAAAUGGUGGUGCCACUUUUAUCGUUACAGAUGAUCUGGUUGUCCUUCCAAACACAAUGGAUACAGGUCUUAGUUUCUUUCAGAGUUGCGGAGUAAAAUGUUUGAGUUCAGUACAGACAAUUACAUUAACUGUCACCAAGAAAAAGGUAUUGGAUCUGCUCAAGUGUUCUUUAUUGUCCAAGUCAACUUUGACAGAUUUGUUCUUGGUAAAGAAACCAUUUCUCGAGAACUCAAGUUUUUCUCCUGCUGUUGUUGAAAACAGUAGUACUAUCCAAAUCAAAAUAAAGCUAGUUAUGAGAAAAUCAGAUGGGAAGAUAUUGUUUGCUGAAGGAGAAGAAGAUUUUGCUGACUUUCUUUUGAGUUUUCUCACUUUACCUCUGGGGGGAGUGGUGCGUAUGUUAGGAGGAUAUUCUUCAAUGGGCAGUGUUGAUGGGUUGUACAAGAGCAUAGCUGAUUUAAAUGAAAACAAAUAUUUGAUAUCAGAGAAAGUGAAGAAUAGGCUUGUUGAUCCUGGCCUUGCCCCGCAGUUCCAAACAAAAAUAGCCAACCAGAUGUUACCGAUUUGUGAACAAAUUUCAGAGUAUUAUUAUUGUUAUCCGUUUGAUCAUUAUACAGAAUUUAUUUUUCGCAAUCAAUUCUAUAAAACUGAUUAUUAUGAAUAUGAGAAUUAUGAGAAGUUUGAACGUUAUACACGGUUGGUGUUAGUAGAUCCUAAGUCAUCUGAAGGAAGCAUUGAAGGUAAUGGCUAUGCCAAGGGACCAGCAAUGUUUAUGGCUACUGAUGACUUGGUUGUCGCACCUAUGUCUCCAAUUUCGGGUUUAUCUUUACUCAGCCGUUUAAAUAUACCUCUUAGUGACUUGAAGGAAAAAGUUGUUGUCAUUGGCAUUAAGGAGGGUUUUAACAUAUUGAAAGCAUCUUUAAUCUCAAGAUCAGCUCUAACAAAUGGUCUCAGCCACUUGCUUACUGAUGUUAAGGAGGAGCAAUAAUAUAUCGUCAACACUGCUGUGUUUAAGAGACAUCAUAUCUAUCUUUAGGGGAAUUUGGUUUGUAAUUGAAAUGAAAGUUCUUUUUGAAGUAGUUGAAUGUGACUCUUCUUUUAGUAUUUAUAGAGCACUAGGAAUUAAGAAUGAAUUUCGGACACCCAUUACUAAAAAAAUCCUAUUUUACGACGCACAUUCUACGUCGGUCUUAUAUAACCCCACGUAGUAGUGCACAUGGUGACAUUUACGUAAAUAUAUAAGUUUUUUAUGUGGUGCAUUUCGUAUACAAUGAUGUUUCAUUUGAACCCCACCUUUGUAGCUUUGGUGGAACUUAUCUAAGACGGUGCAUUUAUAGACACUGUCGUAGAAAUAGUUAGAUACAAAGACGGUGUUACUCAUACACCGUCAUUAAUUUUGUACUUUAUAUACUCCUGUUUCGCGGUGAUUGAACACUCUCGUGUCCUCCAAAAACCUAUAGCGCGUUGUUGCCUGAACUCAUCCCACCGUCGACUCCGUCAUGCCCACCCUCACAUUGCGUUUCCCUGACCUCCGCAAAAGGAAGCUGAAGUCGACUCCCUAGCUAUUGUUCCCACCACCGCCACGUAGCCGAAGUCGUGCCCUUUGGAGUGGUGUCGCCACCUUGCUAGUGUGAAGAGGAACUUAGAUCAAUUGGAAGAGUUACUCAAGAAGGUUAAAUUGAAGACCAUAAGGACUGAACCACCUUCUGAAUCUAUUGCUGGCAUAAGUUGGAUGGAAACAGUCAUGUAAUAUAUGCAGAGGAAGAAGCAGCUGGAACUCGCCUUCUAAUAGAUGGAAGGACUUGCUUGCUUCAGAUGGCAGUCAUGUUGAUGCUGACACACCGUAUGCUGAAGUUGAGGUCAUGAAAAUGUGCAUGCCUCUUCUUUCGCCUGCAUCUGGGAUUAUUCAUUUCAAAAUGUCUGAAGGUCAAGCAAUGCAGGCUGGUGAACUUAUAGCAAGGCUUCAUCUGGAUGAUCCUUCAGCUGUAAGAAAGGCAGAACCCUUCACUGGGAGCUUCCCAGUUCUGGGACCUCCUACUGCAAUUUCUGGUAAAGUUCAUCAGAAAUGCGCUGCAAGCUUAAAUGCCGCACGGAUGAUUCUUUCUGGGUAUGACCACAAUAUUGAUGAAGGAAUCAAGAGUAAAAAUAAGUUGAUCUUGCAACUGAUGGAUAAAUUGGUAUAACCCAAAUUACACUUUAUGUUUAUUUUUCCCAUAUAGUUUAUUUUAGUUUAUUUCCUAAUAUAAUUAUACUUUCUGCGUGAAUGGUAUAACCCAAAUUUUGUGAGCAGGGGAACUAGAACAACGACGGUCGUUACGAGACCCGUCUUUAUAGUGUUCUCCAACAACGACGGUCGUUCCACGACACGUCUUUAUAGCUUCCUUCAACAACAACGGGUGUACAUGACCCCGACGUUGAAAUUUUAAAAAGCGACAACGGGUGCAACUUCCACCCCGUCUUUAUAGCUUUCUGAAACAACGAUGGACCCCUUUGAUACCCGACAUUGAAAUGGAUCCGAACAACAACGGUGCUCCGGUAAGUGCGUUGUUGACUUAUGUUAUAUAACGACUAUUGUUAAUUGCGCACUGACGUUGUUUUCUGACAUUACAAAGACAAUGGUGGGGCUGACCGGUGUCGUUGUUGUCGACUUACAACGACAUCUGUAACAAAGACGGUGGGGGGCCCGACGUAGAUAACUUACUUUGACCGAUGUAGAAUCUGCUUUUUGUAGUUGCGACCUUUCGGUUUUGCUAUGUAAAUCAUAUUUAGCUCAAGUCUCAAUAUGUUCAAAAACUAUUUCUUAAUUACGUUGUGUUGUGAAUGACUUGGGUAACUUCAUCAAGUCCACGUUUGUUGUUGUUAAAGAUUUAUCUGUUUUAUAAUUA